AUGUCCGUGGCCCUGUUCAGCAGCGAACUUAGCGUUCCCUGCCGCGUAGUGAGGAUGGUAGCCAGGCACAUUAACCUACCCGUCACCAUCAAGGACGUCGACGGCCCCGACCGCGAUAGGUUUAAGGAAGAGCUCCUCAAGAUGAAUCCGCCUCACGCUGUGCCCGUCCUCGUCGAUGGCAGCUUCACUCUCUUCGAAAGUCACGCCAUCAUCACCUACCUGGUGGACAAGUAUGCCAGCGGCAGUCCCUUGUACCCGGAGGACAUCGAGACACGCGCCGAGGUCAUGAGUUACUUGAUGUUCGACGUGGGCACCCUCAGCAGGAGAAUGAUCAACUACUUCUACCCGAUCCUAGUUCACAAGGCGGAGCCCACCUCAGACGCCGAGACCCCGAUGAAGGACGCUCUGCAGGUCCUGGGCUACUUCCUGUGCCACAAGCGGUACCUCGUGGGCGACCAGGUCACUCUCGCCGACAUCGCCGUGGCCGGAACCCUGAGCUUCUCAGACGCUGCUGAUUACAGCCUGAGCGCUUACCCAAGGGUUCAGCACUACUACCACUCCCUGAAGAAAGAGCUGCCAUAUUUCGUUGAAGAGAACAGCAAGGCUACUGAAAUAUUCCGGCAGACCGCGCGUUAG